AUUCUUCGCGUGCCGCUUGAGAAGCGCGAGCUUAGCUUCGAGGAGGCCCUGGACUCCGUGAACAUGGGUGCACAGAAGUGGGAGGCCCGCCUGGGCGCCAAGGGCGAGGACCCUGUGAUCAUUGAUGAUUACAUGAAUCUUUGCGGCGUUGAACAACUCUUUAAGAACGCGCAGUAUUACGGCGAGAUCGAGGUGGGCACGCCCGGGCAGAAGGAGAUGGUUGUGUUUGACACGGGUUCUUCUAACCUGUGGGUCCCCAACACCAAGCCCUUCUUGUCCAGCCACAACACCUACAACCAUGACAAGUCCUCCACGUACAAGAAGAAUGGCACCACCUUCGCCAUCCAGUACGGUUCGGGCCCUGUCUCGGGCGUGUUCUCAGCAGACGAUGUCACCAUUGGCGACCUGAAGCUGAAGGACUACACCUUCGCGGAAGUUGACAAGACCUCAGGACUGGGUUUGGGUUACCGCCUGGGCAAGUUCGAUGGCAUCCUUGGCCUGGGAUGGGAUUCCAUCUCCGUUGGACAUGUGACCACCCCCAUGAAGGCCUUGGUGGCAUCCGGCCAACUCCCCAAGCCAAUCUUCGCCUUCUACCUCGGCAACAACCAGCCCGGUGAGCUCUUGUUCGGUGGCGUGGACCCCAAGCACUACACCGGUGACUUCUCCUUCGUGCCCUUGAGCUCGGAGACGUACUGGCAGAUCAACAUGGAUGCUGUGAAGCUUGGAGGGGAUGCCGUCUCCAGCGUGAAGAGCGCCAUCGUGGAUUCCGGCACCUCCCUCCUGGCUGGUCCAAAGGACGAUGUGGCCAAGAUUGCCGCCAAGCUGGGUGCCAAGUCGAUCCUUGGCAAAGAGUACGUCGUGGACUGCUCUGCCAAACUGCCCGACCUCACCUUCACCCUUGGCGGCAAGGACUACACCCUCUCCCAGCCGGACAUUAUCCUCCAGCAGUCUGGCUCCCAGUGCAUCCUUGGCCUCACCGGCAUCGACGUCCCCGCCCCUCGCGGCCCCCUGUGGAUCCUCGGAGACGUCUUCAUGCGCAAGUUCUACGUGCAGUUCGACUGGGGCCAGAAGCGCCUUGGCUUCGCCAAGGCCGCCCAAGGAGCUUCUGUUAUCAUGGUGUGA